GCUUUGUGACAUCCGACACCGACCAGUUUUCCCUUCAACGAGACAGGACCAGCUUUCUCCAGAAGAUGCGCGCUGCUGUUCUUUCACGACUAACGGCAGGAGCGGUUGCAAAAGACUUCUGCAUAAAAGGGGGCUUCAGCAGCUACUCCCUGAUAUUGAGAUCGCCUUGUUUAUGACGCUGAUGGCCGAACAACCGUCUUUCUCCUGCUCAUCGAUUGUAUUGAGUUGUCGAAGUGUAGGGUGGAAACCAUAACUGGGCUUGUAUCUUUGGAUGCCCGUCCUUGACGCCGAAGAACACCAGACAACCUUUUUCGCCUCACCACUUCUAGCAAGAAGACAAAGCGAGGAAGUCUCUUGUAGACGAGGCUCUCAACCCCCUUUCAUCACUAGCCUCACCUCCUGAACGCCAGCGCUCGACCGACAGCGAUAAUUUUCCGCCGUUAGCACCACCAAAGUCCCCGUCGCCGUCUUCACAGAGGAGCAUUUCCACAGGCUCAGCAUUUCGGACCCCUGGACGUGUUAUCCGACCAGACAACUGUUGGCAGAAACAUCGUCAGUCUUCUAAUAGCAAACCCGAGCCUGCUACCCGUUCUCAAACCACAAGAUCAGCUUCCUUCAAACUCUGGCACCGAAGAGACUCGCUCGCUCAGCUUGAAUCAGCCCCGGGGACUCCACCGCUCAUCACAGAUCUCGACCAGGUACCCCCUUACCUAAGAACACCACAAUACCUCUCAAGACGCCUUGCCAGAUCACGAGCGCCCUCCCAGAGAUACACAUCUUCCGACUCUCCUACUGACAGAUCACGAGCGCUCUCCCAGACAUACUCAUCUUCCAGCUCUCCUACUCCCAGAUCACGAACGCCCUGCCGCACAUACGCAUCUUCCGGCUCUCCUACUCCUUCCAAGAUGGAUCGUCUCCGCCCUCAUUCCAUAGCGAUGACCGCCCAUCAUCGAGAAGCUGUACGCCUCGCAGAGGAGCAACAGCGAGCAGUCACUGAGAAGUGCAAGCGGUCCAAGCAGCCAGAACCAAAUUAUGCUUUCGACGAACUGAUCGGCAAGGGGAGUUUCGGAAGAGUGUACAAAGGACGCCAGAUAUCGACACAGAAAGUCGUUGCAAUAAAAGUCCUUGACGUCGAUGAUGCAGACUUUCGUGCCUUUGGUGACCAGAAAGACGAGCAAAUCCGAGACUUUCAAAGAGAAAUCCGGAUUUUGCGGCAAGCGCAAGAAAGUGGUGCUGAAAACCUCAACCAUCUAAUUGAGGCUUUGCCUGUACACAGCCAGCUGUGGAUGAUCUGUGAACACUGCCCUGGCGGUAGCGUCAAAACUCUGAUGAGAGCCACAAAAGAUCGACUACAAGAGGAGAAAUACCUUGUUGUGGUGGCACGAGAGCUGGCGAAGGCGUUGAAAGGCUUGCAUGAAGCUGGCAUCAUCCACAGAGAUGUCAAAGCCGCCAAUGUCCUCAUCCAUGAGGAAGGUCGUCUUCAGCUUUGCGAUUUUGGUGUUGCCAACAUCCUAGAGACCGGCACGGACAAACGAAAGACAUUCAUAGGCACUUUACACUGGAUGGCACCCGAGGCAUGGUUAGAAAACCCAGAAUAUUCCGACGAAGUCGAUGUCUGGGGAUACGGCUGUACCCUGUAUGAGUGCGCCGUUGGAAGACCUCCGAACAGUGAUUUGCGCGAGCAUCAAAAGCUCAAGGUGCGCAUGAGACGACUAAAAGAGUCAAUAUCUCUCCCGCAAGACCAGGACUUUAGCGAAGAAUUGCGCUCACUAGUCUCCUCUACACUCACCCCUGAUGUUGCCUCGCGUCCGGACAUGGUGAAAGUUUUACAACACAACUUCCUCAAAGACACUGAAGAGACAUACCCUACUUCAAUGCUCUCUGAGCUUGUUCUGACAUACUACAAGUGGGCAAAUCUUGGUGGCCAGCGAGUUUCUCUGUUUAUGCCUGGAGGCGCAGCUGCCGCAUCGACUGAAGAUCUCGACGCCGACCCUGAAUCUGCGGAUGAGUGGAAUUUCAGCAUGACCGAAGAUUUCGAGCGACGCGUCUCCGCCAUACUUGAAAUACCCGACUUUGCAGAUCUUUCAGGACAUGAAACAAUGGAAGGAGAAGAAACACCACGAGGCCUUGAAAAAGCCAGUGCUAAUUCGCCUCCCAAAGAAAUGACAGCAGUACAAAAGGCAAACUUCGAAGCUCGCGUUCAGCGUGGAGCCGAUCUAUCCAACCUUUUCGAUCCGAACAAACCCGCCUACGAAUACAAGACCAAAACCGACUUCAUCCCUAUUUCUGAACAGCGACGAAUCUCAGAUCUACCUUUUCGAGCCAUGGCAGAGGACAGACCAAACUCAAUUGCCUCAAACGUGAUCGAUCUAGGAGACUUUGACGAAUCCGACUACGCAGUAGUGACAGCACCAAAAACAGACGAUAACAUUCAAACCGCCUACGCUGGCACUCCUAUGAGAGAAGAAACAAUUAGACUCGCCGACGCUUCUACACUUCGGGAGAAACGAGCAAAUUCGAAAGGUCCUCGAGAACCGAUCAAUCAAUCCCUGACCGCUAGGCGAACCUCAUCAGCUGAAGGACUCCCCUCAACCACCUCAACACAAGACUUUGCCAUAACUCAAGAAGAAUGGACACUUAAAAACAGAAACAGAGCGCCUGAAUUACAGGAGCCUGCUGAAAUCACAUCCUCUCGCCCUGGUCAUGCCACAAUGGACUGGUCGUUCGCAAGCGCCAUGUCUGAGGCAUCCAUUCCUCAAAUUAAUGAGCCUGAGAGCUCUGAGGGAGAUUCACACAGUCCGCCCGAUGCUACCGACAUGGAACAAAAGGCCAGAAAACACGCCACGAUGGAAUGGUCCUUCUCCUCCGCCAUGGCCGAAGCAAAUGCCUCCCCUAGCCUUGAAGAGACUAUAGACUCAUCUCCUCCUACGCAGCCAGUACCCGCACCCUCACGACCAACGCCUACUCGCGCGCCUCUCGUCCGCCAAAUGACCAUGCCCGUCACGAUUGGUGACUUCGUCCAGGCCGAGGAACAAGAAAUCCCGCGCCCUUCGACCGCCCUCUCCGAAGCAUACAGCGACGUCAGCGCUUCUUCAACAGACAUCGACCCCUUCGGCCUCGAGCGUGAGGAGGACGACCACCCUGGUUCAGAAACGGUGGAUGAAGACGUAGAAAUGGGUCGACACUACUACGGCCGCGGACGAAGCUUGUAUUCGGACCGUGGAGACUCGACGCCCUUGACGGCAAACGGCCCGGCGCGAUACACCCUUGGGCAGCCUGCAGAGCGCGGCGUUCGCGUCUCUGGAAGCUCUGCCAGUACGACGGCUGGAAAUGCUGAGAGGCCGGUCGUCGACGUUCCUCCUGCAUCUCCUCCCAGCGCAGCCGUGAUGGGCAGCGGCGCCUCGCGUCAGCAGAUCGAGGGCGAGCUCAUCCGGAUGCUGGAGGGGAUGCAGGGGUCGUUGAACGCGGCAAGGGAGGUCGUUGGUGGGUUGGAGUGGCGGGCGAGGCAGAGAGGGGCGGUGGAGAGUGAGUGGGAGGACGAGGAGUAG